ACUGCAGAUGUGAUUGGCUGGGCGUCGGCUGGUUGCUGAACUGUGCCCUCGAAAACGGCAGCGGAGAAAAAUCGUCUUUUGAACAUAUACCCCCAGUAGCUGCAGAGUCUGGACUGCUCUGUCUAUAGCACACCGUAUACAUGCCUACCCUCAACGCCCACACGGGACAUGCUCCUUGUCUUUUACUUUACUCGUCGCACCGUCAGACUGGUCUUCUGCACAACGGCAUUUUCUCGCGCGAACGUUCGCAUUUCAAACCCGCGACUGAUACGGAGUACCCAGCAGUUACCAUAGUCGAUUGCUAUCUCCCAGAAGAGGAGGUCAUUUCCAAUCCACUCAGGGGUGUUCCAAUCGAGGUUAUUGAGAGGCUUGAGCCUGCAUCAAAAGCGUGGGCCCGGCUGCCUUAUGGAUGCGAUUGCCCUGUCUCCUAUCCCGGAAAUCUAUAAGAUGCGCCAUUAGCGUAAUACGUACAUAAUCUGCCGUAUGUGCUCGAGCACGUUGCGCUGUUUAGGCGGACUUUUUUGUCUUCGUACUCUUUCGCUCCUUUGCUUGUCCUUGACUCAUUGACUCGCCUGAUACUGCUGCCUUCUCUCCUGCCUCCUCGCAGCCUCCUUCCCCGCUUGUCUUGACCAAGUCGCUUCCAUUCCUUCCCUCGGGGUGCGACGAUCCGCCACCUCAUCAAUACCAACCUCUAAGAAGCGAACAUACCAUAGAGCCCAAUAUGGGUGUCAAGAACCGCCGCUCACUUCAACCACUAUUCGUACCACCAUUCCUUCGACCGUCCUCACCCGCAAACGCGUCCCCCUCUCAAACCACGCGUCAACGGUCACAUUCCGCUGCACCGUCCCCUCUUGCUCUGAACGUCACAGAUUCAUCACAUUUGGAUAUUCCCCCAGCGAUACCUAUCGCUUCAGAUGACAAAAGUACGCGUAAUACAUCCUCGUCGAUACCUCUUGUUACCCCACGCAACUCUCCCCCGCCCGACUUGCUGGAUGACGAUCCGUUUGCAAAUUUGUCGCCCGGUCCUUCUGUCAUCACUUUUUUAGCAUCAGACGCGACGCCUCACGGCCGCUCGCGAUCAGCCUCAUUGCCCAGACUUAGAACAUCUCUUGAUGCUGGGCGCGAAGUGCACCCUGUCGCUUCCCCAUCCCCUCGAUCCCCUCUUGCUCAAAGCGCGUUGCUAUAUGCGGAUGGGACACGGUCAUUGAGUCGGGCUACUGGAACACUAUUCACGGGCGCGGAGAAUAGUCUUCCCUCUACACCUCCUUCAACUCCCCGGUUGGGGGUGAGACAGUCUGGGGGAUCAGCGUUAUGGUCGGCUGCUCAGGAUCGAGUAAAGCCCGCAUACACGAGACCUGCAUUUAGACCGCGUCCGUCACUACCUUCGCUGCGUACUCUUGCUCAAGCUCAGGUGGUCGUCGCUCCUAAGGUUCGCCGUGGUCGUGUUGGUGCCAAACUUCCUGUCGAACCAUGGGAGUCGCAAUCUUCCGAUAUUUCUACCAGCGAGCAGAGUGAGUCUGAGGCCGCAGAUAUGGCACUUUCGAGAUGCAUGUCUGCACCGGCCCUCCGUGCCCGGUCUCCAUAUCCUGAACAGGCUUUCCCUGGGGUUCAACCACAAACCCCGCCGAAGCCCAGUCAUUCGAGACGACCCUCGGGCCUUUCGACUAUCAGAGACUCGCGGUUGAUACCACAGGAUGCAUCUGUGGAUGGUUUUAGUUCUCAGGAGUCUUUGACUUCUGAAGAUGUUAGGGAGAUCAUCGAUGCUCAGACUUUGCUGGAUGCUGGAUUUAUAUCUGACACCAACCGCGACCAAGUUCAGGGGAGCUCACUCAUUCCCUCGAAUAGCGUGCCUGAAAACGCGACGGAACCCGAGCCUAUGGAGCCUACAAGAGGAGUUCGUCCCAGUCAUACGCGACGACCUUCAGGCUUGACAACGAUUCGGGACUCGCGGUUGAUCAAUGCUGAGGCUGAAGCCGGUGAUUACGGUAUGGUGUUCACUACUUCGCCUACGGAAAUAAUUCCUAUGACGACGUCUCCGAGCGAUGGUGCACUCCCUCGCCCUGCUCAAGAGAAUUUGCCAUCGGCCUUAUCACUUAUGAGAUCGCAUUCUGAACCCGAAUCUUCAACCUCUCCUUCUUCCGUUCAUUUAUACACCGCACCUUCGCUUUCACCGUCGCCGUCACAGUGCUCGACGACAUCAACAUCAACUUGUGAUGGCCAUGAAGACAUCCAUGAUUCUCCACCAUCUUCAGUUGAAGCGCAUACACUAUUUUCUACGUCCUGCUCCACCCUCGUUUCAUGUCCUAAAGAAGACUUCUCUUGUGACUCCACCUACGGUUCACCUUACUCUUCCCACCUCAAUCUACCUGCAUAUACUACACCAUUUCCCCGGCGAUCGAUCUAUGAUGACCUUGCAUCAACUCUGGAGUACGAUUACGCCGAAAUGGUAACCCGAUUAGGUCCCUCGCCCACGCACGGACUUGACGCGAGCCUAGGAUACUCACCCUCCCAGCACGGGGGCAUUCAAGAUGAAAUUCAGCCGGGGACUUCUGCAGACACGAUUCGUCGUUUGUCCUUCAGCAGUUCACACCUGCACACCGGCCACCGGAGGGAAGGCAGCAAUGGUUCUAAUCAUAGUCUCGGCCAGACGCUCGAAUGGACUUCCACCUCGUUGACGGGUCUUGGGUUACCCAUGUCUCCUUCAAGUACCAGCACUACAACGACUACUUCGAGUUCGGAUGGCAUGCUGUCAUACGAACCUUCUAGUACGGCGUCUAGCGAGUAUGGUCACGCGCACGAGGAGGGGGAGACCGACGGGUAUGCUACGGAUUCUUUCUUGAGCUUCUCAAGCGAGGAGGAGGAUGAGGGGAAGAGUGUUUACGGGAGCGCGGCAGAGAGUCUUUCGGUUCCUGUGUCUCAGAUGCAGACGCCUCCGACGUUUGAGGACGAUCUUGAUGUUGGAGAGGAAGAUGGGAAGGCUGUGGUAAAUUCUAUCGAAGUGAUCGGCGCUGAGGAUAUGUCAAAAGAAUUCGUUGCCAGUCCUGACGUGGAAGAUAUCACCUUCCAGGCAGACGACACCAUUCCUGAAGAAUCUCAAGUCAUCUCUCGUCCAAGCUCGAAACACAGUUCACCUAACAUCUCUCGCUCAACCUCAGAACGUAGCGCGAAACGCAAGCUCUCUACAUCAAGUUCCAUCCAAAACUCCCUGAGGCAGUUAUUUCGGAUUCCGUCCUCCACUGGAAAGGCGGAGGUAACAGAAUCCAUUCACCCCGAACCGGCGUCUUCCAGUCAAAUUCUCGAAAUGCUCUCACGCAAUACGUCCAUUCGCAGUGCCUCCAGCGAGGUCGUAGAUGCUAAUGAGGGUUAUCGGGGCAACCGACAGAGGAGUGGAACUCUGCAUUCUAGCGCUAGUGGGACAGGGUUUGGUGACAGUGGUCGAUUGGGCAGCUCAGCAAGUUUUCGUGGGUCCGGCGGACUGGGAGGAUCGGGCGGUUCGGGUGGACGAAAGGGGCAGGACGAUGAUGAACAGUGGAAUCGACGCCCGGCCGCUCGAUCGACGGCACCUGAGGAAACCGAUUCCGAAACGGACGAGGAUGAGACGGAUGAGUAUGGACGAUCAGCAAGUGCCCUUCGAUCUGCUCGGCCAGAGGAAAGUCCUACCAGUUCCGACGACGACGAUGUUCCUCUCGCUCAACAGAUACCUACCGCUCUCAAAGCUCAGAAGACUAUUCGUCGUCAAGUUCGAGAUGAGCUCGGGAGACGCAGGUUGGAGAAGAAAGCCGUCGCCGCCGCCAAACAAGAUCGGAACAGUCCUGUAGCCACCUUGGAGCAAAGGUCAAUCAGUGCUCGAGAACCUGCAUCCCAACCGUGGAAACCUUUCACGCGAGCACGCACGAAAACGCUUCCGAGUAACAGCAUGAAUCCCUUCUCAGUUGGUGAACUCACCAACAAGUUGCUCAGUGUACAAACUGGGCAGAUACCACAUCGACUCUCUGAAGAGGUCCCUAGACGUUCUUCAAGAGAUCCUUCAGUUGACGUGCAGGCUGGACCAAGCCAAUCGCGUGUACCACCACAACCUGAAUUCCUUUCCACUCCGGUUCCAGUUACCGAUCCCUCUGCCGGUGCUGCUCGCCCCAGGAUGCUUAGACCCACACGCUCAUUCCACCGUCCACGCACAACUGGAGAAGAGUCUUAUGUUCCCCCACCAUUACCAUUGGAGCACAAUGGUCGUCUUGGCCGAAGUGUUACCUCAGUAACGAAGCGCACACCCGACACGUAUCAGUUUUCAACUCCACCUGUCAGUCCCUUCGUCAUGAGAGACGGAGGAUUAGACAGGGGCAAGUCAUUGCGAUCACACUCACGUCGACCUAGCGUUGACAAGGACGUGUUGCCGCCCACUACACCUUUGGAUAGGUCGAGGUCGACUCGUUCAAGACGGCCUAGUGUUGAGAAUAGGGAUGACGGUCAUGGUGCCACACUCGAUCGAGCAAGGUCUGUGAAGUCACAUUCUCGCCGACCAAGCGUCGAAGAAGAUGGACGUCGAGCACCAAGUCGACCUCCCAUGCCGCCUUUGCCUUCGGCUGAAGUAGUUUCGACUUUCCCCUCAACGCCGCCGCCUCCACCGAAACCUAUCCAAAUGUGGCAGCAACGUAUCUUUGUGAACACCCUUCAGUCUUAUUGUCAAGUGGAAGUUCAUGCGGGCACUACAGCUAGAGACGUUCUGCGUAUCAUGGAAAGUCAGAAGGCAUUGCCUGGCGGUGGGACAAACUGGAUGAUGUGGGAAGUCUGUCAAGACUUCGGCAUGGAGCGGCCUAUCCGAAGCUAUGAGCUGCUUUCUGACGUUUCUGCCUCCUGGAAUGCGGAGAAAACAGUAAAUGUGUUCCUUGUCCGGCAGACAGAUUUGGCUGCGAUGCUCAGCAGUUCGGCCGUUCCUUCGAGCUCUCCUGUCCAUUUCGGCACUGUGCAGUGGGAGUACAAGCGUGGAAAGUGGCAGAAACGCCGAAUCGAGCUUCGAGAACAUAGUCUAUGGUUGUCCAAGAAGGAUAGUGGCAAGGAUCAGACUUUCCUCUGCUCAUUGGCGAACUUCGAUGCCUACUUUGUGACACGGCCGGGCAAAGCGCCGAAGUCAUUCGUGUUCGCUGUCAAGUCCACAGACAACCUGUCAUUCUUCGAAAACACCGCUGACUAUAUGCAUACAUUUGCAUGCGAGAAAAAGGACGGGCAGGCUCUGAUUGAGAAGAUCCUUCUGGCUCGAUCCUACGUGCUCUAUCAAGAACGCAACGUUCUUACCAAUACCUCGGCCUCUGCCGGCGGUGCGGGCGCCGCACUAUCAAGAGCAGGCACGCGGAAAGGACAACGUCCAGCUCAGCCUCUUUUGAACUUCAACGGUGCUCCUGCGAUAGGUGACACGCCUCCGGUUCCUGCCAUGUUCGAACCCGGAUCCUUGCUUUCAAGACGCACGUAAUUCAUUGUUCUCUCCAUUCCAUUCCUUGCAUCUCCCUUUCCAUUCCAUUUCUGUUUAGACUAUCCUACCACAUUCUUUGUUCUAUUUCAUUGAUUGAUAUUUAUCCCAUUCCUUUCAAGCUUCACAUGUCAUUCACCUUCGUUUUCCACAUUGCUAAUUUGUAUCGCACUUCCUUUAUGUGUAUAACUGAAAUGUACUUCACCCACUAUCGCUAAAACGGCUAGUCAAACAUUAGGGAUUUAUGUAGAAUUUGAAUAGAAUUGUAGCAAGGAAAGACGUCAUAAUACACAUACUAUUACUGCAGAAGAUACCAGA